AUGGUUGGAAAUUUAAAUUUUACACUUGACACUUUCAUUCUUAGAAAAUUAGCUCAAGAAUUACGUAAAAAAUACGGUGAUAUUUAUGAGAUUUAUUUAGGAUCAACUCGUACCAUUUGGUUGAAUCGGGCUGACAUGGUAGACGAAAUUAUGUUAUCAAAUAAUCGUUUAGCUGAAAAUUUUAAUUUAGAUGAAAUAGGUGUUUCUGAUAAAGGAGUUCUUCUUAAUAGAAAUCUUGAUGAUGUAAUGUAUCAUCGAAAGAUUUUCGAUAAAACUAUUUUGACUUCGCAAUUUGGUAAAAAUAUUACCCCCAUAACUCAAUCGUUAUUCAAAGAAUUGGAAUCACUUUGGAAAAAUUAUGGAUGCCUUGAAGGAGAUAAAGAAAUUGAUAUCUUAUUAUGGAUGGAAAGAUUGGGUUUUGAAUGUAUGCUGAAAUUAUUCACCAAUUUCCGAGCGUACGCUUUAAUCAAUUACUAUAAUUUCUUAAACCCUAAACAAAAAGUUAUAGUCCCAGAGAAUCCCUUAUCACCAAUUGUUACAGAAGGAUUUAUAAAGAAUUUACCCAACUUUUUUUUUAUUAUUCAUCAUUUCUUUUUCUCUGUUAAAUGUUUGUUGCGAGCUCCCGGAAAAAGAAAAAUCACUAAUAAUUAUUUAAGAGGAAAAGAUUGGUUAGAUUCUAAUAUUAUGAAUUUAAUAAAAUUGCGAAAAUCCCAAAUUGAAAAUUAUAGUAUAGAUGAAUUACCUCAUCAUCCCGAAGUCUUGCAACAAAUUCGAGAAGAAUUAACAAAUGUAAUAGGAACCAAAGAAGAUUCAGAAAUUACCUUUGAAGAUUUGAAUAAACUAAAGUAUUGUAAAGCAGUUAUAACAGAAGUCGGUCGUUUACACACAUUCAUACCCAUAAAUGGUCGAGUCUCUUUAAAAUCAGUUGUUAUUGAUAAUUAUAAAUUCCCUGCCAACCAACAAUUCAUCAUUAAUGCAGCAGCUAUUCAUUUGGAUCCUAAAAAUUGGAAUAAUCCAGAAGAAUUUGAUCCUUCGAGAUUUUUAUCAAGCGACGGGGAUAGUAAAAAUACUUUAAUGAUGUUUGGUGGUGGUCCCAGAACUUGCCCGGGAAGAAAUUUAGGAAUGACUCAAUUGAAGAUUCUAAUGGCUUUAAUUUAUCGAAAAUAUGAUAUAGAAUUAGUUGAUCCUACUGCACAAAUUAAAUCUAAAUAUUCAUUUAUUAAUCAAUGUUAUGAGAUGAAGGUUAAAAUUAAACAAAGGCGAAAUAUAGAAAAAGAAUUUUAA